CCGGUGGCCGCCAUGUCGGCCUCUGGCUGCAGCCAGAUCCGGACAAAGCCCGAGACUGAGGCCCAGAGGAAGAGUGCGGGAAAGGCCCGAGAGGCCGGGCGUCCACCCGAGAUGGCUGCGUCCGAGCCUGGGGCCAGCGGCGCGGGAUCCAUAAAAUUCAAAGAUGUGACUAUGGCCUUUACCCAGAAAGAAUGGAAGCAACUUGAACCUGCUCAGAAGAACCUGUACAAAGAUGUGAUGCUGGAGAACUACAGCAACCUAGCUUCAAUGGCAGACUAUCAAGCUCCCAAACCAGACAUGAUCUCUAAGUUGGAAAAAGGAGAAGAACCAUGGUUGGGGAAGGGGAAAAGACGCAGUCAAAGUCAUCUGAGUAAAAUAGCAAGACUGAAGCAAAUAGGAGCCAGUAGAAAAGAAGUACAGCAAGAUGAUGACCAGCUGGAGAGUAACCAGAAAUCCCAAAACAAACUCACGAGGGAAGUUGCCUGUAAGAACAAAACUCUGAAAAAGAAGAAAGGCAGUGAGGGUGGAUCUUUGGGGAAAAAAGUUAAUGUGAGUACAAAACAUGUUUCUUCAAAAAGGGGGCUUUUUAAAUUUGAUUCACAUGGGAAGAAUUUGAAGCAGAGUUUAGACUUCCCUGGCCAUAUAAAAAACUGUACAAAAAAGAAACCUGACAUAGCUAAAGAACAUAGGAAAUCAUUCAGUCAUAGCUUAUCUGAUACAAAAAAAGACACAAAUCAACCUGGAAAGAAAUGUGAGACAUUAUCCAACCAGAGUUCACCUGACAGGUGUGACAAAAGUCAGACUAGGAGGAAGUGUGAGAAAUCAUGCCACCAUAGUUCAUCCCGUACUCAGCACAGCAAGAUCCAAACUGGAGAGAAGCACGAGAAAUCAUCAAGCCUUAGUUCAUCUAACAAUCCUGACAAAACUCAAGCUUGUGCAAAACCCUUUGAGUGUAAUCAGUGUGGGAAGGUUCUCAGUCAUAAACAAGGACUCGUUGACCAUCAGAGAAUUCACACUGGGGAGAAGCCCUACGAAUGCAGUGAAUGUGGCAUAGCCUUUAGCCAGAAGUCCCACCUCGUUGUUCAUCAGAGGACUCACACAGGAGAAAAACCAUAUGAAUGUAUUCAGUGUGGCAAAGCCCAUGGUCAUAAGCAUGCCCUGACUGACCACCUAAGAAUUCAUACUGGGGAAAAGCCCUAUGAAUGUACUGAGUGUGGGAAAACCUUCAGACACAGCUCAAACCUUAUUCAACAUGUAAGAUCUCAUACAGGUGAGAAGCCUUAUGAGUGUAAGGAAUGUGGAAAAUCCUUUAGGUAUAACUCAUCACUCACUGAACAUGUGAGAACUCAUACAGGGGAAAUACCAUAUGAAUGUAACGAAUGUGGCAAAGCCUUUAAAUACAGCUCAUCCCUGACUAAACAUAUGCGAAUUCAUACAGGCGAAAAACCCUUUGACUGUAAUGAAUGUGGGAAAACUUUUAGCAAGAAGUCACACCUCAUUAUACAUCAAAGAACUCAUACGAAGGAGAAACCUUAUAAAUGUGAUGAAUGUGGAAAAGCCUUUGGACAUAGCUCAUCUCUUACUUACCAUAUGAGAACUCAUACUGGUGAAAGUCCCUUUGAGUGCAAGCAAUGUGGGAAGGCCUUUAAACAAAUUGAAGGCCUUACUCAACACCAGAGAGUUCAUACUGGGGAAAAACCCUUUGAAUGUAAUGAAUGUGGGAAAGCCUUUAGCCAGAAGGCACACCUCAUUGUACAUCAGAGGACUCACACUGGGGAGAAACCCUAUGAAUGUAACGAAUGUGGGAAAGCCUUCAAUGCAAAGUCACAGCUUGUUAUACAUCAGAGAUCCCAUACAGGAGAGAAACCCUAUGAAUGUAAUGAAUGUGGGAAAUCCUUCAAACAGAAUGUAUCCCUCACCAAACAUAUGAAAACUCAUUCUGAGGAAAAUUCUCAUGAGUGAAAUGAAUGUGGGAAAUCUGCUAACCAAACUGAAGGUUACUUUGAACUUGAGAUUUGGUUAAAAAAAAAAAAACUUUGACAAGAAGUCACCUCUCGUUACCUUGUUA